AUGAGAAAAAUUGCAAUUUAUUUUACAGCGCAGUGGAGGAAAGUAUUUCAAGCAUUUUCUCUUUCCUCCAACCUGGGUCGUCUUCUAGCGCCAUCUGGUGGAUCGAGUGAAUUGAAAUGUAUCCACGGAGUUAGAGCUUUAAGUAUGUGCUGGAUCAUACUUGGACACAGCUAUGUUUUGUUGAACUUCGAUUUACUCAAAUCCCAAAAGGUGAUGCAAAACUGGUUUGCGUCAUGGCAAUUUGAAUUCAUCAGCAACGGAUGGAUGGCUGUGGAGCCAUUCUUUUUGAUUAGAUUAACCCCGCCCCUCUUAUUGAUGAUGGGACUGGUGUUUUUCCUGCCCUUAGUGAGUUCGGGCCCUUUUUGGUCUGAGCAGGUAGAUGACCAAUUGGAAUCCUGCAGAGAGUACUGGUGGUCCACUCUUCUCUACGUCUCCAACUGGUUGGGAAUACGUAAAGGGUGCACAGGGGUCACGUGGUACUUGGCUGCAGAUUUUCAACUUCACAUUUUCUCUCUUUUUCUUCUUAUCGUAGUCAUAAGGCAUGUAAAAAUUGGUAUGUCGGCUUUAUUCAUGGGCAUAGUGCUAUCCUGUAUUACAGUUGGAAUCCAAACAAUCCGUUUCAACCUCACUCCCACAGCUCAGCUAUCUACAGCAGACGAUGAAAAAGUUUAUAAAGUUUUGGAUGAAGUUCAUAUAUUAACAUUGACACAUUUGAGUCCCUACUGCGUUGGAAUGAUUCUUGGCUACUCUAUACAUAAAUAUAGAAAAGAGAAAAUAAAAAAGUGGAUUGUAAUCAUCGGCUGGUGUUCGAGUGUCAUUCUGAGUGUGUCGGCUCUUCUCGGAUGUCAUCGUUUCUCCACUGGUGACGAGUCGUCUCGUUAUGCGGCCAUACUCUACGCAUCAGUUCAUAGGACCGUAUUUGUUGUGGGAGUGGCCUGGGUUAUAUUCGCCUGCAUCACUGGCAACGGAG